AGGAUGUUCUGGAAAUUUUAGUUUUUAAGAAUGACACACUUAGUUUUUGUUUAUAAAGGUGGUUAAGUAACGAAGGAUCUUAAAGAAAAGAAAGAAAUGAGGAGGUGGUGAUGCUGUUGCAGGGUGUUGCUCCGCCCUCCAAACACAUCGGCGAAUUUUCUUUUCUUCUUCUUCUUUCUUUUAUUCUUUAAGUUGCAGUUUUUUCGCUUUCACUGGUUAUUCUUCCUUUGAGUUGAGAAUGGGUAAUGUGAACGUGCGUGGUUCUGAAGAAGAAGCAGAAGAAGCUUCUGCUGAUGGGAACGCGAUGCCUCACUCUCCUCCCACCAUCUCUCCCUUCGUAUUCACUCCUCAGCUUCCUGAGGUUCCGCUACAAACAUCUGAGGAGAUGCAUGUCCCCAGUUAUUCCUCGGUGGAGACAACUUCAGGGUAUGAAGAUAUGUUCAGUGAACCGGGAAUUCCAACUAUGAUUACUUGGAGUUAUGGUGGAAAGGAAGUAGCUGUGGAGGGAUCGUGGGAUAAUUGGAAAGCAAGAAUGCCCCUGCAGAGAUCAGGGAAAGACUUUGCAAUAAUGAAGGUAUUGCCAUCUGGGGUUUACCAGUUCAGAUUUAUUGUGGAUGGACUGAAGAGGUAUACUCCAGACUCGCCUUGGGCCCGUGAUGAUGCCGGGAAUGCUUACAACAUCUUGGACUUACAGGAUUAUGUUCCUGAAGAUAUUGGAAGCAUUUCUAGUUUUGAGCCUCCUCAAUCACCAGAGUCGAGCUAUGAUAACUUACAGCUUAGUUCUGAAGAUUAUGCUAAGGAGCCACCGUUGGUUCCUCCACUCUUGCAAAUGACACUGCUAAAUGUGGCUGAAACAAAUAUGGAAAUCCAACCUCCUUUGUCAAGACCUCAACAUGGAGUGCUGAAUCAUCUUUACACGCAGAAAGGAAAGAGCAGUCCUACAGUUGUUGGUCUUGGUACAACUCAUCGGUUUCUAGCCAAAUAUGUCACUGUGGUGCUGUACAAGUCCUUGUAAGGUAAACCAUAUACAUAAAUCAUAUGGAACACACUUUUAGCGCUUUCUAUUAUUUUAUAGAGAAUUUUGUUUAGGCAUAGUUACAAGAGAGAAAUGAAAAGCAACAUAAGGAUCACCACAGUCAAGAUUGUAUUAUAUAUAAUGCAACUGCUUGAUGCUCAAUCAUCAAACAAUUAAGUUUCAACUCUUAAUUAUUUGCUGCUGCUGUUCUCUAGGAA